AGCUGGAUCUGUGGGUGCCUCAGGCUCUCUCUUUCCCUUUUUUUGGAAAGAGGGGGCUUUCUCUCCCCCCCCCCCCCCCAGCAGCUGUUGUUUGGCGAGGACAGGAGAUAACUCUGGGAAAGACGCAAUCCAGCUGCCUGGAUGCCUUUGGAUGUUAUGAUUGCUUCCUCUGAGGACCAGACCUGGCCAGACAUGCACAAGGGGCAGAUGAAGCUGAAAAUCAGGGUCAGGCGAAUGAAGGAAAGCAGAGACAUAAGAGGGGGCUUUGCCACCUUCUCGUCUUGUUUCCCAGGACUUUGUGAAGGAAAGCCAACUGCCAUCCUGCCAAUGAGUAUCUCUCAGCCAUGCUUGCCAGUGGCCAAUGUUGGCCCAACACGCAUCUUGCCUCAUCUCUAUCUAGGUUCCCAGAAAGAUGUCUUAAAUAAGGAUCUGAUGACCCAGAAUGGAAUCAGCUAUGUUCUCAAUGCCAGCAAUUCAUGUCCCAAGCCAGAUUUCAUCUGUGACAGUCACUUCAUGCGCAUUCCAGUCAAUGACAAUUACUGUGAGAAACUGCUUCCUUGGCUGGAUAAAUCUAUUGAGUUCAUCGAUAAGGCCAAGGUUUCUAGCUGCCAGGUGAUUGUGCAUUGCUUGGCAGGGAUUUCCCGAUCGGCCACCAUUGCCAUUGCAUACAUCAUGAAGACCAUGGGCAUGUCUUCAGAUGAUGCCUACAGGUUUGUCAAAGACAGACGUCCCUCCAUAUCACCCAAUUUCAACUUCUUAGGUCAACUCCUAGAGUAUGAGAGAAGUUUGAAGCUACUCAAGGCUUUGAAGGCCCAAGGAGAGAAAGGGGAAGGGGAACCCCAGCAAGAAUACUUCGAGACUUGUGAAGGUAACAGACCCCAGACUCUGUCUCUCUCGGAAAAGACUGAGGAGGUAUUAAAAAGCACAAUCGUGGAAACAUCCUCCAUUGACUCAGAGCGAUCACUGGGAAUUUCAAAGGUGGUCUCACCGAUGGCAUUGCAGCAAGGACUCAAUGGGCUGCAUUUAUCUUCUGAUCGCAUCCAAGACACCAACCGACUAAAGCGGUCUUUUUCUCUAGACAUCAAGUCAGCCUACUGUCCUACCCAAAGGCAGGAGAUCCCGCUUCCUACUGAAGUAGGGGAAACUCCCAAGCUUUGUAAGUUGGACAGCCCUUCAGGUCCCAAUGGUACGUGUCAGUUCUCUCCCCUUCCAGAUGGCUCUGACUGGCCCAGCGGACCCGACUUCAUUCUAGAGGCCAAAGUACGACAACGGCGGAAGCACAGGCACCAAGCUGGCUCCCCUGCCCAUGGUCUGAGCCUUAAUUUCAGUGGGAUGUGUGCCAUGCACAAAAGCACCAGCAUGGAGGACAAUCUCAAGCAGACUCUUCGGCUGAGCCUUCCCAAUGUAGGGCAGCAGAUGGCCCAGCCAGCCACCACCCCCUCCAAUGCUGGCACUUGGGGGAUGCACGUGGAAUCCCUGAGCACGCCUUCCUCGGAGAACCCCUGGUACUUCGGCACAGACUCGGCAGCGGGCAGCAAAGGCGGCGGGGGUGGGACUCUCUUUGCCAGCGCCACUACCUACUCCUCAUUCAGCUGCAGCACAAUCCAGGCAAGCUGUGAGAUCAGACUGAGGGACAAGCAACGAGGGGAGCAGCGAGAGGUGCGGCAUAGCUGGCACGAGGACACCAUGCCCGAGAAGCAGUUCAAAAGGAGGAGCUGCCAAAUGGAAUUUGAAGAAACCUUGUCAGAAAGCAGAUCCCGGGAAGACCUGGGCAAAAUUAGCAAACAGUCUAGCUUUUCAGGCAGCAUGGAGAUCAUAGAGGUUUCCUGAAUUUCACUGUAUGAGAUUUGAGAGCAAGUGUGGGUGCAUCUGGGGGUGUGGGAGGGAGAAAGGAGUAGGGACGAGGAGGAAGUUGGGCAACAUAUUUAACGGAGGAGAAGGAGGGUGUGGGUGUAGGAGCAUUUUUUUCAAUGCCCGUGUGCAUUUUCAAAGGGCAUAUCCGCUAAAACAAAGGCAAAGCUAAAGGAAUCUGAAGUCAAGAAACAUAACGGUGCAUGCUUAGUGCCUCCUUUGGUUCCUACCUCCACCACCAUGACAAACCACAAUCACAUUCCCUUUCUUGGGUAGGUGGAGAGUAUAUUAACUCUUUAAAUAUUGGGUUCUUUCCUUUUGCAUGCAAAGGGUGCUUUCUCUUCCCUUCCAGAGGGAACGGGAGAGCUGAUGCAUGUGUCCUACAAUGGGGUUGAAAGAGAAACUAAGGCGAAAUUGAAGCUCGGGAGGGGUGAAAGUUUUCUUGGAGGAAAAUGGUGGCUCUUCAAUCCGCAGAUUUUCAGUUAAAGAGUUAAAGGGAAGCAGGUUCUUUUCUUUGAAGAGUGUAUUAUUAAUUAUAAUGAGUACAUUCCUAUCUAACUUAUAGGAAGUAAUUGAGAUUUUGCCUGUCCAUUUCCAUUACAGCUGGGGCAUUUCCUUUCUAUUCCAUCAGGAUAUUGGACAAUAUAUUGGUGGCUGAAAUUCAGGUGUAGAAACCUAGAGAGGUUUCUUUUCCGAGGCUCCCCUCUUCCUAGACUGAGCAUGGGCCUUUGUGUUUC